AUGUCUAAUCCACAAUCAAUCAUUGAUACAGUUGACCAAUGGUCAUCAACUCCUAUCCCUGCAUUAGUAUUUGGAGGUCUGUUACUUCUAAAAGGAGCAUUUCCUGCUGUAACCCAUACUGUAUCUGGCUCUGGAGGAGGAGGAGUGAAAGUAAAGACAGCAGUUAUUAAGCCUACCAGAGUAUCAUGUUUGGGAUUCGGAGCUGCUAAUUUGUUAGGUGCAUGGAUAAUGUACGACGGAGAACCAGUCAAUGGUGCUGGGUUCAAUUUCGCCUGGUCAACCCUUUACUUGAUAGUCAAUGGAGGUGCCAGUAUCAAGAGUAUAUUUAGAGGUAAAGUAAGCCCAGCGGCUUUAAGCAUAUUAGCACUUGGAAACAGUUCCAUAUACGGACGUAAAUUCUUUUGGUCAAAGGAAGGUCCUUUGCAAUAG